AUGCCCCUCCCCCUCGCGGCCAUCGGGCAGUGGAGCGCGGCGCUGGUUUCUGUCUGGGCCAGCCGCUGCCCAGCCUGCCCGGCCUGCCCGCCCUGCGGGUCGGUCGACGUCACCUGUGGCAUCUGCCCGGCGGCGCCAGCGGUGGCGUGCCCGGCGGUGCCAGAUCCUCGGCCGUGCCCCGAGCUGGCCUGCCCAGCCCCCCCCCUGGCCUCGCUGGACUGGGCCACGUGGCUGGGCCUGGGCUGGGUCCUGGGCGUGCUGUGCGCCGUGGCGGCGCUGGCGGUCUGCGCGCCCGUCGCGGCCCUGCUGCACGGGUUCUCCGCCCGGCCCGAGACCUUGGACAUCGUGGAGAGCCAGGUCUGCAUCGCGUUCGACGACGACCCGAACUUCCGAUGGCAUCACCGAGUUUUACUGGUCCCCUCGCCCACUCCGGGCCACUGGGUGGCCGCGACCCCCGAUGCCGAGAUCUACCUGCUGAAGCUGGACGAGUAUCGAGUGGUCGCCCUGGCACGGGCGGCCGUGUUCCCGCCGAGGGUUCGAGGCCAGGUCUACGCGUUCGGAGCUCUCUCGGACGCCGACCUGGCCAACCUGCGGCGCGACGGGCGCAACUUCGCGAAGGUGCUGGGCUUUUCCCUUCCCGCCGCGCAGCCUGGGGUCGACGUCCCUCGGUGGAUCGUCGCGGACCCAGCGAGCGACCACUUCGGGGAGGAGGUGGGCCUGGAGCGGAUCACCUCGGCCGAGCGGUUCAUCAGCCGCGACGCGGUGGCUCUCGUCAUGCUGUCCGACGCCGAGGGCUGGGUCGCCGCCGAGAACGCGCAGCUCAGCGACGAGCCGGACUGGAAGGCGGAGAAGAGGGCUGGCCCUGGCAGGGACCGCCGCGUGCUGCCGCAGACGGGCGUGUCUGCGCAUACCGUCUCACUGGCGCAGCUUGUGGCCCUCCUGAAGAGCGUGGAUGUGGAGGACUGGCCGUUCGAGGGGCCCAAGGCGAGGAGCACCGUCCUCAAGCAGGAGAGGAUGUACCGGGAGGAGGCCGACCACGAGGACAAGCAGUACCGCAACGAGCAGAGGGGCGAAACCAGGACAGGGGGCGCCGACAUCGCCCAGGAGUCGGCGCGCAGGCGCAUCCGCCGUCGGAUCGCGGCCUUUGGUGAACGGCCCGCCGACUUGGAUGGAGCUGGAGCCCUCCCGGAGCUCCUCGAGACCAGGGGCGUCUACGGCGGCCUUGACGCUUCCACGACUGUGGUCGAUUUUGACUCGAGCCGCCUCGACAUCCUGCGCAAGGGCCAUUUCUCCACGCCGCUCGACGACGUGGCCCCCCAGAGCGUCAAGGGCGUGCUCGACAACUUCGACGCGACCGUCGUUCGCCCGCUCUCCGAGCUGCCAGAGGACGAGCCGCUGGCGCAGCCGUACUGGGACCCGCAGCUCGACCCACGCCGUCGCGGCACGCGCCCGGCGCUGGUGGCCUUUCUUCGCGCGCUGGCUGGCCGAGGGCUCGUUGGAGCCCGGGCCCGUCGGAAGUCGUGCAUCUCCGCCUUCUUUGUUCGCAAAAAGAACGGCGACCAGAGGACGGUGCUGGAUGCCCGGCAGGCCAACCAGCUGCAGCGCCUCCCGCCCAAGACCGCGCUCGCUUCGGGUGAGGCGCUCGCGGCGAUCAACCUCGUGGACGCCACCGACCUCAACCCCGACGACCUCGACGACGGCUUCUACCAGUUCCGCCACCCGGCCUGGGGCUCCUGGAUGUGCGUCGACAUCGAGAUGGACGCGGGCGAGAUCGGGGGCAAGCCGCCCUCCCUGCUGAACGGGGCGGUUGCUCACGCCCCCUAUGUCGACAACUCGAACCUGAUUUCCCUGGGCGCUGGCGAGCUCGACCAGCGCCUCGGCGCCGUCGCGGACGAGCUAGAGAGGAGGGGGCUCUGCUGGCACGAGUUGCAGCACGCCACCUCGUCGCAGGGCAUCCUCGGUAUCGAGUUUGACGGCCGACGCGGUCGCCUUCGCCACGCGUCUCGGCGGGCGUGGCGCCUGUACCUUGGCCUGCGCGAGGUACUACGCAGGCCAAGGCUCGCCCGCUGGCACGUCAGGAGGCUGCUCGGACACAUCGUGCACUACUUCAGCAUCAUGCGGCCCGCCCUCAGUGUGCUGGGGGAGUCCUAUGCCUACCUCGAGUCGGGCCCCAUGGAGGGCGUCUCCCGCCUGCCGUGGAGCGUCUUGACCGAGCUCCGCUGCGCUGCUGGGCUCGUGCUCCUCGGCCAGGUGGACCUGCGCCGACCACCGGCGCCGGUGUCCUUCACCGCGGACAGCUCGAUGCUGGGGCACGCCGUCUGCGCGGCGGAGCUCCUCGGGCACGAGGUGCUCGACGCUUCGCGCUGGCGCGAGAGGCAGCGCUUCAGCGAGGUCGAGGUCGCUGGCGACCCCGCCGCGGGGCUGGCCGACGUCUCCGACCUGCGCGGGCUCGCCGCCGGCCGGCGCCAGGAGAUGGAGGCGGGUCGCCCCCCGCCUGCUCUGCCCCCCGAGCUGGUCGACCCGCAGCGGUGGACCGAGGCCUUCCGAGGCGCGCGGCGGCAUCCCGGCCGCAUCCACAGCCUGGAGGCCCGCGCCUCGGUGAUCGGGCUAGGCGCGGCGGCGCGCCAGGUCAACUGCCGCGGGACCGAGCUGCAUAGCCUCUCGGAUAACUUGUCCAGCGUCCUGUCGUUCGAGAAAGACCGCGCCAGCAAUCGGGAGCUUCUCGCACAAUGUCGGCGGGCCGGCGCCCUGCAGCUGGGCGCCGAGAUCACGUGGCGGGUGCGUCGCGUUCCAGGAUGCGUGAACGUUGCUGACUGGGGGAGUCGGGCCGCGGAUUGCCACGAAUUGCUACCUGGCUGGACCCGCGGGGUCGGCUUCAGGGCCCGCCCGCCGGCGCCCGGCAGGUGGUCUCCUGUCGUGAGAGCCAGCGGCGGCCCGCCCUGUCUCGGGCCUGCGGAGCCCGAGCCCCUCAUCACCAGCGUUGCCUUCGCGACUCGGCCGUCGCCGAGCCGCGUCUCCAGGCUUCCAGGGCUCG